AUGGAUGCCAACGAAUUUCUAGUGAAAAUCAAAGCCAACGGUACCAGUAAAGAUUGGGAUGACCUUGCAAACGUUUACCUGGAAUAUAAGAAUGUUUUAGUGAAAUUAUCAGCCAAAGACAAAGGCUCAUUUUCUUUGAACGUGUUGUGUUUACUAUGCAGGAACCUAGACAGAGUACCGUCAUGGAAAGACGCAGUGAAUCCCAAAGAUUUGUUAACGUUAAGCAUAGAUUGUAUCCGAGAGACACGGGGGUUGAAUAAGGCUGACCAAGUCAAGACAUUGGCUUGCAUCUAUCAUGUCCAUAAACAUGUGGUUAGAAAGGCAGAGAUCAAGAAUAUGAAGGAUACUUACGCUACUCUGGAGCAUUUAGAGAAUUUCAGGAAAGAGUUCCAGGAUACAAAAUUCUCCCCUUCAGUUUUCUCCAGUAGUAGGCUCAAUAUAAAGAGUGGGCGGACUAUUGAUAGUGAUCCUAUCGAUUUAUCGGAUAGUCACCUCAUGCAAAAUAUCGAAGAUCAUAAAUCCAGUCGCACGGGCUUUGGGGAAUCCUUUCAAACCGAAGAACAGCUGAAUCAUUUUAAUAUUUCUUUUGCGGGGGUAGUUGCAGAAUCAGAUAAAAGUAAAAAUAUGUCGUCUAGAUCUGUGGGCUCGUCCGAUGCACCGUUAAAUCUGACAUCAUUGCGAUCUACUGAUAAGGAAACAAGUGAACAGCUGUGCGUAUCGAAUUCGCAAGCACCACCAGAACUCAUUUUAAAACUAUCCUUCAUGGCAUUUGAGACAGAUGCAAAGAAUCUGCUGAAAGAAUACUGCAAGACAUACUGGAACAUUCUAGCAGACCGUCUCACGUACAUCGAGAAACUGAAGGGAAAAUCUUUACAAAAACUGCUACCAAAAUUAACUGAAGAUAUUCUAAAUACCAUAGAAAUAUAUGAUACGGUACAAUUUUGUGCUAAUGGUCUUGUAUUUUUAGUAAAAAAGCUGCACUCAAUAUAUAAUGAAAGCAAUUCGGAACAAUUAAAUGUAUUAUAUGGAGAAAUAUUUAAGAAAUUGUCAAGCAAAAAUGAUACAAAUACGAUAAAAAAUCUUAAUGAAGAAGCCACACUAGACUUGUAUAUAAAAAUGUGUGAUUGCUUGUAUGUUGUGGCUGAAAACGCAUCUAAAACUCAAUUUAAACGUUCCUCACUCAACAUAGCAGUUCGGGGUGCUAUUUCUCUACUCGGACACCAGCCAGAUAUGUUUCAUUGCCUACAAACAUUUUAUUUAAACUCAUUUUGUGAUCUUUUUGAAAAUAAAACGACAUAUGCGGAUGCUGUGUUCAAGAAUCUUACCGUAUCAUGUGAAAUUACAGAAAAACUAGGUUAUAGGAAAACUAUGCUAGCGACAUAUGCAUAUUUGAAUCAAUUUUUAAGAUUAUACGUAGAGUACUCAGUUAAUAAUUCAAUAAAAGAAAAUUUUUCAGUAGACAUACAAGAAAAUUGUUUGAAUUUUAUGCUUAAAGUUUUAAGCAUGCUGAAAUAUAGUCAGCAGUUACUGAAAUGUGAGAAUUGUAAUGUAAAAUCACCAUUACAUGACGCUUUGAGACUCUCUUUUUUACUAAAACACUUCAUAACAAUAUCAAUGCAGUAUAACAUUGAUAUAACAUCACUAACGACGAUAUAUAACAAACUAAUCGACACCCAAUAUAGCAUAAUGAACGAAUUAAAGCGAUUAAAAUGUGCCAACAUUAAGAAAUUUUACCUGAAAUUACAAACGGAUACACACAAUACAGCUAUAUUGUUGAACCGUCACCAAAAAUAUGAAUUUUCUAUAACACUGUUUGAGAUUUAUAUCAGAAAUGAAUUGACUGAAGGAAGUAAAACCGAAAUUGAAUAUAAAAAUGUGUCAAGAGCCUUCUACAACAAGAGUAUAUGUGAAUUAGAUUAUAAAAAGUACGACAUUGCGUUAUUAGAUGCUUAUUUAAGUCUAAUAUUUUCUGAAGAUUUAAACUCGGAGAAGCAUAUGAGUUUGGUGAUGGAUAUUAAAGCGAAGUCAUUGAAAGAUGAUAAGUUUGAUGAUGAUGGUGAACAGAAUUAUCUACAGUUGCUAAGUGUUGUAGAUGCGUGCAGUUCUGUUUUAAAAAAAGGAUUUUAUGGACAUAUCGAACUUUAUUUUAAGGAUGUUAAAUUCAGUCGCCUCCUGAGACAUGAAUUCUCAAUGUACAGCAAACUAUGGCCUUCAAUAAUGCCUAUAGCUGGAGUGUGGAAGUCUUUGUACCAACUUGUAGAUGGACAGCAAGAGAAAUGGAUGGCUGUGGAAGACGAGGAGACGGUGCUCUGGACGUUGCUGGAAGUGAUAUCUUUGACACCGUCUGCGGUCAGGUCCAUCAACAAUGAUCAAUUUAAAGAAAUCAUCUUAAAACUAUUGGAGAGAAUUGAUAAAAUACCUGAUCCAGUACCAGUGGACAUCAGGGUGGUUCAAACGACUCUGCUGUUUUUAAAGACCGAGUAUGAUAUAGCUGACGCUAGCCUGAAGUAUGGAUGGAAAAUAACUGAUGUUAGCACAGAUCCUGAACAGGUCCAGCUGACGCGGACCUUGAAGCAGGAACACGAAGCUAUUCAGAGCGCAUUGCAAGCUGUCGAAAUAUGGACUGAAGUGGUUACAGAAGUUAAUACAGUCACCAAAACCACGUGUCUGCGCCAUGCACUGAUCUUAGCUGAAAUAUUCGUUCAGCAUCUUCUGUUCUUCAGUAGAGUUGCCCAUGGGCUGCAGUUAGCACACAUUUGCUGUCAAGUGGCUCAGUACACGGGACAAACAGAAGCUUACAUAAGAAACGCAGGUGUUUUAGCAUACCACAUAUCAGCACAAGAUGUUUUACAAGAUAUAAUCACGCUAGCUAGCGAGUACUGGGGCGAGAUAGUAAUCAAAGAGAGUAGUCUGGAGACAGCCCUGGUUUUCCUCUCCGAUGUAGCUAUAUAUUACAAUAACAGUGGAUGCGUUGGUGUUGCUGCUAAGUUGGUUCAACUGGCUCAAGCGAAGAUAUUGAAGGCGUAUGAAACAUAUCCAGAUGUUAACUUGGACUUAGCUGUCGGCCGUUUGAUGGAAGCUCAAGCAAUGAUGUGUAAGAACUCCGGACUGAGCACGUUGACUGAUGUCAAUGGAAUCCAGAGACAUUAUCUGUCCAUCAGUAAUAAUGCGCUGGCGUGGAGCAGGCGACGGCUGGUGACGGCGCGCUCGCGCUGCAGCAGCUGCGCGCUGACGCAGCGGUGCGCGCGCGCGUGCGGCGCGCUGGGGCAGGUGCGCCGCGCGCGCGCCGCCGCCGCCGCCGCGCCCCACGCGCUCGGCGCCGCCGCACUGGCCACGUGCGCGCGCGCCACCAUAGACACUCACGCCCUGCCCCAAGCGCAGGUCACCAUCGAUAACAGGCUCAAAUACAUCCUGGGUCUCUCCAACGAACCACCAACUUCCGUAACCGAAUCUAAAGUUGAGCUCUUUGCACCGAAACAGGAUUUAGAAGUCAUGCUAGAAAGCCAACAUAUCAAGUCACUAAGUCCUACACGAAAAUAUGUGCAAAUACCGGGCUUUAAAAUACCGGAAUUUUUAGGACACACUAACUGUGAUUGUUAUGCUUGCGAUAACAUUUUCUGUACUAUAAUUUCUUAUGUAAUUGGGGGGUUAGAAGCUUCAAUGUAUUUUAGGGCAAAUGAGGUAGAAAUUGCCAAAAACUAUUAUCAAGGAAUAAUUCAUUCGUUUAAAUAUUUUGACAGUAAAAUGGAAUAUGUUAUGAACAAGUACAUAGAAAUGGAUUUCAAAGAAUAUGUAAUUAAUCAUGUUAGAAAGCUUUUCGAAGAUGAAUUUAAGAAGGUUAAAUUAGAAAUUUUAAUAGAAUCGACGUAUUUUGAACUGAAAAAUGAGAAUUUUGAUAAAGCAGACGAUUAUUUGGUUACUGUACAUGAAAUUACGCAAGAUAUUAGCAACCCGGAUGCUUAUAUGAGCAAUGAAAUAAUGAAUUUGAUGAUUGCAUCAGCGAGAGUGAGGAAUGUUGUUAAAAAGCAAGAAACCGACUUAGAAACAGAGUUCGAAAACCUUAGGUUAAGUCCGAAAGGCGAUGUACCUAAAACCCCUAUAUCCAAACCAAUACUACCAGUACAGUCAUCUAAAAAAGUAAUGGUGGGACAUGAAGAAAUACCCAAAAAACGAAAAGUUAUUAAGUUGAACCUUGAUGAAGGCAGUUCAGAUGAAAGAGAUCAAGAAAAACCAAAAACCAGAAAACCGGUAUUUAAAAUUCCGGUACCUGUUACCAGUAAAACCGUAUUAGAAAAUAUUACACCUCGGGUGACUCGAAAACCGGCGAUUACGGUUACAGACACAUCUAAAACACCAAAAACCGGACCUGAAGACAAAUUACCGGAGUUUUUCACUCCAAUGUCGACGCCUGAACAAUUUUUUACACCUCUAAAUACAAUUAAAACAUAUUCUAAAACCAAUUUACGGAGAGGGAUUGUUAAGAAUUUGGAAGAAGAGUUUUCAACGCCCUUAGGGAAAGAAGUUAAAACAGAAAUGUUAGAGAUCCCUACGAGGUCAGCAAGGAAAGUGGAGAAGGACAGAGUUCUCCGUAGGGCUACUAGUCCUGGGAAAUUGACAGAAACACAGACGAGGCCUCGCCGGUUGAGACAGCCAAAACUAAACAAUAAUGAUUAA